CCGAACCCCGAAAUAUCUCGCGGGCACUUGUGGACGUUAUCGUUAUCGUUCCCCUGCAAACUGGGCCUGUGAAGUCGCUUUCCCUGCAGGUAAUCUCUCUCCGGCGGCCCUGUUCCCGGUGAGGGGAAGAAAGCGAGAGAGAGUGAGAGAGAGAGGAACCAUCGGCAAUGGGUUGGAGCGUCGCUUCUUGGAGCAAUGCUCCGUUGGGGUCUGUUUCAGUUCCUCCAUCACUGCAGAGACGUUCUCUGGGGAAACGAAGCAGCCACCCGCCGACUCCCGUUCUACUUCUACCCCGGACGCCUCAGUUUUGCGGGAUUGGGGAGGAAUUUCCGGCGCUGAUCAGCUACUGUAGUGGCAAGAACGCGCAGGUCGAAUCCUCCCCCAUGGACUGCGUCGGCACAGGGCAGAACGUGGAGUGUCUCGUCCCGGAUGCCACCGAUUCCGAUGGCGGAAACGGCUCCCUCCUCAAGAAGAACGAGGAGCCGGUGGCAGCACCCUUUUCCCUGUCAGUGGCGGCGGAGGAGCUAGUGGAAUGGGGAGUGUUGGUGUCUCCAUUCUUCUUUUGGGGCUCGGGCAUGGUGGCGAUGAAGGAGGUGCUCCCGAAGGCGGGACCUUUCUUUGUCUCCGCCUUCCGUCUCAUUCCCGCUGGCCUACUCCUCAUCGGGUUCGCCUCCUCCCAGGGACGCAGGCCUCCUUCUGGCCUGGCAGCUUGGCUCUCCAUCGCCCUCUUCGGGCUCAUCGAUGCAUCCUGUUUUCAGGGAUUUCUCGCGCAAGGAUUGCAGAGGACCUCGGCUGGUUUGGGCAGUGUGAUUAUUGAUUCACAGCCAUUGACAGUAGCUAUACUUGCUGCCCUAUUGUUCGGUGAAUCUAUUGGAGUUUUCGGAGCCGCAGGACUUGUUCUUGGUGUUGUCGGACUCUUACUUCUUGAGGUCCCUGCUCUUAGUCUGGACGAUAAAAGUUUCUCACUAUGGGGGAGUGGUGAGUGGUGGAUGCUUCUUGCAGCUCAGAGCAUGGCCGUGGGCACAGUCAUGGUUCGUUGGGUCUCCAAGUAUUCUGACCCUGUGAUGGCUACUGGAUGGCAUAUGGUUAUCGGCGGUCUUCCUCUUCUUCUGGUUUCCAUUAUCAACCACGAUCCUGCCUUUAGUGGAGGUCUCGGAGAGUUUUCAGUGAAUGAUAUAUUACAACUCCUUUACACCUCUAUAUUUGGAAGUGCCAUCAGCUAUGGUGUAUAUUUCAACCGUGCAACUAAAGGCAGCUUGACAAAGCUGAGCUCCCUCUCAUUUUUGACCCCAAUGUUCGCCUCCGUUUUCGGGUAUCUAUAUCUAAAUGAAACCUUCUCAUUCUUGCAACUCUUGGGCGCUGCUGUUACUUUGGUUGCAAUAUACAUGGUCAAUUACAGAAAACAGCCCGCAGAAUGAUGCAUGUUUUAAAAGAUUUUCUGUCAAAUGGGUAUAUUAUGCAAGAACCGCAGUUCGGUGCCUCCGCCUCUCAAUCAGGGCUGAUAUACCAACAAUUCAUUUAAGUGAGGCUUCAUAUAGAGAAGUCCAAAAUGGAUUUUGAGUUGCUGUGCAAAUGAGGCAGAAACUUUGGCUGCUUGGCUGAUAGGCAUGGGGCACCAGUUGUCUUCUGAAGGCUGUCUUGGAGCUACAGGUCAUUUAGAUGGGACGGAAGCGGGAUAUUUUUUUUAAAGUGACUAACGUUUAUUAUCUGUACCUCAUAAAACUGCACUUUCGAAAUGAUAUUGGUCUAGUUAGCUGGGAAAGGGGAAGCUUCUGCCCAUACAGUUACUCAAUUCUGUAGACACUUUUCUCUUAAAUUCAUCCAGAAGCUGAGCUUGUUAUGUGGAAGGCUAGGAUGGGUCGUUCUCUUCUAUACUGUGAUAUUUUGGGGCCUGAAGAUAUAUGAGGGCAGGGAAGUCAAGCAUUUAGGGAAGAUAGUAAUUGUGGACUUAUUCAUAAAUUCCCGGAAUGUGGAACGUGGAUAAACCGUCUGUCUGUAGUAUAUCAGGUCUUCUUUCCUGUAAAAAACUUUCAUCUUGUAUACAAUGACAAUGGAAAGGGUUGCAGUUUGUCA